UCUAACGCCACUUGUUGGAAAUGUGCGUUCUCCUGACACGCCGACAUACGUGCUCACAAUUGUCCCGCAAUAAUACAUGCGAUAAACAAAUGUUCUAGAUAACGUUAUAUUACUUCGAGUGACAAAAAGAAAACUACUAGUUUGUGUCGUACGUGGCUCCGAAGUGUGACGUGGACGCGAUUUUUUUUUGUAAAAUUCUCUCGAUUCGCUCAAAAUAUUUCCGCGAUCUCGUAAGGUUAUAAAUAUAUCUUUGAUAUUAUCCAGUACCGUAGACGUCGCCAGUGUUUCGGAUACUGAUGGGCUAGAGUGAAAAUACGGAAGCACCUAAUGACGAUUUUGCGAAAUGACGACUCUCCGAUAUGACACUAUCUGCUCCGUGUUAAUUUUGCUUCACAUUUUAGUACAUACUAAGACAGCAUUGAGUGAUAUUUUGAAUGUUCAGCAUUUAUCUGAUACCAAGUUUAGUUCGAACGAAUAUUCUGACGACGAUAAAGAAUAUUCCGAUGUUGAUGAUAGAGGUAGAGGAUCCUUAGUGCAAUCGAACGACCAACAAGAUACAAACAAGAUACAAGAUUCUCAUUUAUAUUUAAAACCUGACAGUCACUUUGGCAUGGAAAACCCAGUAGCUACAGAUACUUUGGAUAAAAACAUAAAAUGGGACGCACAAUGGGGUGCGCAACUGAAACUUACUCAAGCAUCAGCUGUCGCUGUGGAUCCAAAUGGCAAUAUUGCUGUGUUUCAUAGAGGGGAUCGUAUUUGGGGCCCCGAUAGUUUCGAUAACGAAAACAGAUUUGAUCCAAAUAAAGGGCCGAUAGCGCAAAACACAAUAAUCCUUUUGGAUAAAGGUGGCAAGGUGAUAUCGGAAUGGGGAAAGGACAUGUUUUAUCUCCCACACGGUUUGACUAUCGAUCAGGCUGGGAAUUAUUGGGUUACUGACGUGGCAAUGCAUCAGGUAUUCAAGUUUGAUGCUCAAGAUGUGGAAAGACACGUGGAGAAGUUGAAACGUGCACAGGGUAGCUCGGAGACAAGUGUGCCUAACGUUCGUGCUGGUGCAUUACACGAAAACAGCAUACCGAAGCCAUCUAUGACUUUGGGAGAGGCUUUUGUGCCUGGUAACGACAAUAGGAGAUUUUGUAAACCAACUGAUGUUGCUGUACAUAGUAAUGGUGACUUUUUUGUCAGUGAUGGAUAUUGCAAUUCUAGGAUAAUUAAGUAUAAUAAAAAUGGUGAAAUGAUUCUACACUGGGGACGACAUUGGGGCACCAGUAGAGAACCGGUCUAUUCGCAGCCCUCACCAUACGCGUUUCUCAUUGCACAUGCUUUAGCACUCGCGAGUGAGUUAAAUUAUAUUUAUCUCGCCGACAGAGAAAAUGGCAGGAUAUUAUGUUUCUUUGCCAACAACGGUACAUUCCAUAAGGAAUACAGACAUCCUGCUAUUGGUACAAAAAUUUACAGCGUUGCCUACGCCCGAGAAAAAUUAUAUCUAGUUAAUGGACCUGAUCCAUUUAUAAGUAAUCCAGCGCCAGUAAGGGGCUUUGUGCUUGAUAUUUAUUCCGAGAAGAUAUUAUCGAUGUUUGAGCCCAACAAAAAUAUGGAUAAUCCACAUAGCUUGACUGUGACGGAAGAUGGUUCCGAAAUAUAUGUAGCAGAAUUAAAUAAUAAAAAAGUUUAUAGAUUUCUACAAGAAGUAAACAAUUCGCAAUCUGCUAAACAGCAUCAACCUAAGAUCUUGACACAUCCCGAUACUAAAGAUGCCGAUACUGAAAAGACCAAUAUAACAAAACUGAUUCUAGGCCUUGGCUCAGCGGCUAUUUCGUUUAUCACAAUAUGCAUUGCAAUUGCUGCCAUUGUAGCGAGAUGCCAAAAAAGAGGAUGUCUACUCACGAUGCGCAAGAGGAUGCGUUGGGAGGCCGAGAGACGGGAGAACUUCAAGCUGACGAGCCUGCUGGAGAAUCGUCGCCGCGGCAGGAGCUUCAAGUUCCUGGAGAAGCGGCCGAAUCCGCGGGACUUCAGCAAGCUGAGCACGGAGCCGGAGACGUCGGAGGACGAGCAUCCCGAGAACAGCCUCGCGAGGGUCAUUUAAGAAACGUCGCCGAAUAACGCGGUCGUGCAGGAGUCGCGCGUGAACAGUAUUAUCGAGACGGAACGGGAGAAAAUCGCGCCGAACUUGCCCAUCGAUGUACGACGUACGACGCGAUCGCGCGAUGGGAUGGCCGUGAAUUGCGCGCGUCUCGGCGUCCGUUCGAAUUCUUGGAUAUUCGCGCUGCCGAGCGCUGCCGAGCCGACCCGAGCUCAACCGACGGUAUGCGCGCGCGAUGACGACGCCUUGCCGACUACCGAACAUACAGCGGCUUGCAUUAACAUUACCAUUUACCUACAUGCGAAAGAAAAGAAACCAAGAAAGAAAUGUCAUAAUUGCAUGCAUAGAAGCCAAAUUAUAAAUAUGUAGAUCAAGCUGCAAUGAAAUAUUGUUUUCUUUAAAUCGCUAAAUCGUGUUUUUAAUAGCUAAUGUCGAUUUCCAUCAAUGCAGAUCAAUUAACUUUAACCUCGAUCUUACUGUUAUCUUUUAUCCAGUUUAAAAAUUUUAUUUCUUAAAACUAGAAAAAGAUAAAAAUUAAUAAGCUAAACCAAAAUUAAAGUUAAUCUACAUUGAUAGAAAUUAUAUGGAUAUGAGCUUUUCUCAAUUAUAACCAUUCGUGUAAAACAAACACAUAUUAAGUUACAUAUAUAAUUUUCGAUCUGGAAAUCAAUAAUUUGCUACAAAUUUGUUAUCGUUGCUUGAUUGAGAGAGGACCCUUAUAGAAAUUUAAUACUGUAAGUGAUUUUUUAGUGCUUAUAAUUAAUCACUAGCCAAAAAAUCACUUACAGUAUUAAAUCUCUAUAAGGGGAAAACUUCGAUUAAGAGUUCAAUCGAGUCAUGUCACAUCUCCGGAAGUCAUUUGAUUAUUGAUAACUAAUAAAAAGCGUUACGUAAAAUCAAUUAAACUAUAAAAAUCUGAAGAACUGCAGGACGUUUUUCAGAUAAUGAAAUAAAAUGGUAAUGUUAAUGGAGCUUGAGUGUAUUUUGUAAGUAAGCUGUGGCCAUAUUCCCGUUCGACUACUGAUCCAAGCUAAUUUUACAUUGUUAAGCGAUGUCAUGAUCUAGUCAAAAACUAGUCGUCACCCGAAAUAAAUGCGUACAGUUUUUAGGAUUUGAUAGGAAUGAGAAGAACUAGAUUUUUGCUAGCCGCACUUAUAGACAUGUGUUCCCAUAUGCUUGUUUCCUUUUGCCUUCCAAAAAUAUAAAGCUAUUUCGCUUUGAAGUGAUAAAGCGAUUCAGUUAACUUAAAAAGAUCUUUUCAUCGUCUGCCUUAAUUUCUGAAUGUCUUCAUGCCUUCACGUUUUUUACGUGGGUUUUCUCUCUCUUUAAAAAAAAAAGAAAGACAAAUCGAUUUACAAAAUUAUCAAAUUAUCAAUUUGCUGCAACCCAGAUUUUGCGACAGAUAAAUAAAUUGAAAACAAUGGAUUUGUCGAUUGUUCUUAACAGAAAAAAUAAGUUCGACGAAUCCAUAAGCUUCUCCUAAUCCGUAACUUUUGUAAUGAACUUUAUGUAACCCAGGCUGAUAACGUGCCUUGAAUCUUCAAGCUGCACAGUUUGUGGCAUGCAUACGCCGCACGCAAAAUAACUUAAGCCUAAAGUUUAAUCCAAAACAUUUUUCACGAUCACGUGAAGAUCAUUUGGUACAAAAGCGAAAUAGUUCUCUAUUUCGCUCGCGAACGAUUAGAAAACAAUUAACUAAACAGUAACGUGUUUGCUGGAGUAAUCCCCGUAUAAAUACUAACACACCUUUAUUAAAAUUUUAAACAGCCAUCAUUUUUAAUGAUCACAGAUAAAAAGUACCAACAUUUCUAAUGACCAUAGAUCUUGUAAGAUUGCCAUAAUAGCUGUAUCCUUCGUACCCGAGAGAAACAAUGCAAGAAAGAAGUAUCUAAAUAAAUUUACUUAUAUGUAUAUUUAAAUAUUUGCAACGUAAUAUAAUAAUCAAUUAAAGAAAUAGUAACCUACUUUAUCUUGCAUAGUUUACCUUGAGUAUAAUCAGUAUCUAAAAAUCAUGGAACUUUGACAUGGAACUUUGACAAAAUAGAUUGAUACGUAAAAUUAUAUAAUGCCAAAACACAUUUUAGCAUUCGCAAAGUUUUGCAGCCAGAAAAUACGUAAUUAUAUAUGACAACUAUGUAUAAUCGGUAGAUUUAUAAACCCUAAAACGAGAUAUAUAUCCGAGAGUACUUCUUUCAAGUUAAUAAUUAAGUAUACUUAAUAAUAAUUGUAUAAUUAAUAAAAGUAAACAUUUAAAUUAACUUAUAUUACGUGAAUUUAAAUUAUAAUUAAAUUGUGCUACGUUUUGGAGUAACAUAUCACUAUGGAAUAUUAAUAUUUGAUCUGGGAACAGAAUAGCUCGAGAAAGAACUUAUAUUACAAAAAACCACUUUCUACAUCUAUCUCUUUCUCUUCUUCUUUUCUGAUAACAUACAUCUCUAUGUAUGUAGUAUAUUGUUAACAUUUAAACUAUUAAAUUAAGAACUGUCUAUGAACUGUCUAUACAUAUACUAUAUGUUGCUUUAUAAAAUCAAGCUUAUUUUUGUUUUUCGAUAGUUCAUUAGUUGGUUUAACGUCAUUGUAGUAGCAUUAUUUAUAAGCUCAUAAAUAAAAUACUCCUAUAUAUACACUCCUGUUUUCGCUUUAUAAUGAAUACUAAUAAAUUUAAGUCAGUAUUGUAGUACAAUCUUAAUUAUUAAUGCAGAUUUUCCUUUGGAAUAAUGCAUUCCCUAUACGAUGUAAGAGCGUAUGUAAUCCAUGUAUCUAUAAAUAUAUAAAACCUAUAUUUUCGAAUAGAA